AUUAGUAUUAUUUUGAUACUGCACCACAGAACAGAACAGAACAGAACCCUCUCUCCCUCAAUUCUGAUAGAGUUUUGCGAAUGCUUUCCUAAAUUGAUGUCAUUCUGCUGAUAAACGAGAAUCCACAAUCUCUCUCCAAUCAACUAACCAAACCAAUUCAAUCAACAAUCAACAAUCAACCCCUUUGCUUCUCUCAAAUUCAACCCUAUUACUACUAAAUUAUUUAUUAUUUAUUUAUAUUUUCUCCGCAAAUAGAAGCAAAAGAAUCUCGUAUCUAACGUCAAAGGCUUCUUCAAUUACUCUCUGUCCCACCAUCAUCUUCUAUUGCAAUCCAAUUUUCACACUCUCUACUUUCGCACAACCCAGCUACGAGGUUUGUAGAAGGCAUGCCUGUGGUGUUGGAUAUAAGUUCCGAUGAAGAUGAGGGUUUGAAAGAGGGACCCAAAAAUUCUGAUCUAGAAUGGAUUCAAGAGUUGCUCUUCAAUUCUGACGAUGAAGAAUCAAAUGCUGAUUCUGAUGAUGUUGUCAUCCUUCAUGAGACCAAACCACAACAACACUUCAAGUCAAAGGCUAUUUCAACUUUGUCUGUAAAUGAUGGUGAUGAUGACGAUGAUGAUUGUGUGGUUCUUGAGGGUGAUCCUGAAAAUGGUGUUACUUCUGUUGAUGAUGAGGGUGCAAAUGGAUCAGAUGAGUUGCUUGUAGUUGGGGAAAAGGGUCAAGUUGCAUGUAGAGACUAUCCUCAUGCGCGGCAUCUUUGUGCUAAAUUUCCUUUCUCUUCCACCCCUCACGAGAAACACUGUGGCCAGUGCCACUGUUAUGUCUGCGACUCCCUAGCACCGUGUCUAAAGUGGGGUACUGGCAUUUUGAAUACAGAUCAUUGUCAUGCAAACGAUAAAACUGAUAUGUGGAAAGUUCAGAGGAAAGAUUUCCGGCGGACCCAGAGUUCCCCAUUACCGGCUUCAACUAAUUAUGGUACUUCACAUGGCGUGGUACGUUCCCAACGUUUCGAAAAUCUGCCUCGUGAUAUUAAUCACUUGUCUCCAAAUUCUGUGUUACGGAAACAACCAUCAAGAUCAACUGUAAUGCACACUCCCUCCUCACUCAACAGCAUAUCUCAAAAUCAGGUCUCUCGACCAAAAUCAACGUAUGCCCACUACUCACUAAGUUCUGGUACGCAGAAUCCGAUCGUUAGAUCAAUUAACAUCCCUGUAUCCCGUACAGCCACCAAUCUAACAAUCCCAAAUGGUGCAAACCAUGGUAGUAGAUAUGUGCAACCAAGAUCUACUUUGGCGAGAGACCGAAGCCGGCCUCAUUCUGUACAGUUGUUGGGUGUACGCAGUCAUGCCAUCCAAAAGGAACGGGAAAGGGUUGCAAUCAGUUUACGACCACAGUUCCUCCGCUCUCCUAUGAUGUCCAAGGGAGUUGUAGGUCGCACUAUGGGGGACACUCUGGCAGUGAAUCAUAUGUCUCAUGGUUCAUCUUGCUUCAACAAUCAUGUUAAUGCAGUACAUCAACAUGACAAAUUUCACACUGCAACAGGAUUCUCAAAUCCCAUAAAUUGCAAUGGGCCAGGGGAUGUUUGUCCCUCCAUAAAUCUAUCAACUUUCUCAGACUCAAUCUCAGGACCGGUCAGCCUUAGUUGUGUCAACCAGUGUACCGUGACUCCGGAAACCCAAGUAUAUGGCCAAACACUGUCCCAACCGAACGAUAGCCUGAAUUUCCGUCAAACUUGUAUUCAAGGUAAUGAUGCUCCUUAUGUUGCAUGCCUGAAUAGCAAUCAACAUGGAAAUGACAUUCAAAUCAAAAGUCAAGAUGAAAGUGCUAAUGGAAAUAUUACACAUAGUGGAAUUACAAGUCAAGAUACUUUCCAACCAAAGGCACAUGAAGAAAUUCCAAAUAUAACUUCCAGCGCCGAGGGAGUUUCUGCUUUUGACUCAAGUUGGGCGGCAAAAACCAAUCAAAGCAUUGAACUUCUAGUUGAAGGCUCCGCUCUACAAAGCUCAGGAUCUAUAGACCAAUCAUCCAAUGUUGAAAACUCCAGUACUGAUCAGUUUACCGGAAACAUUGAACCGCAAAAUGAAAGUUUUCAUAUACCUAGUUCGAUGGUUGAUAUUGAAAACUGGCUUUUGGGAAAAGACUCUUCUCAAAUGGGAACAGAUGAUGUUUUGUCAUUUGAAAUGAAUAUCCCAUCUCCAGAUCCUAGUCCAUUCGAUGAGGGCAUGCUUUUAUCUCCAUGGUGGUGAACGAUUUACAGGUAACCAGCGAAGAGAGCUGAUACAUAUUGAGGUAAUGAAUGGAAGUGCCUAGAUUUGUCUUGAGACCGAGUCAUGUGUGUGACAAGCUUCAUUUUUUAGGCUCAUCAACUCAUGCUAAGAGCUGAUUCGUGUUAGAUGUUCACUAUUCCUCAUAGUUUAUGCUAAGUUAGAUUAUAUAUAGUUGCUAUUAACAUAGUCUAAUUUUGUUUUGCUUUGUUUAGUUGGAUUAGUGAAGUAUUUGCCUCUAGGAUAAUGAAUGUGAAAGUCAGAAGCAGGGUAAAACUAACACAACAGAAAAGUGUUUGUGUUCUAUCUCACCUGUACUUUAAUUUUCGUUUAUGCAGUAAUUAAGGUUUAUAUUUAUCUAAAUGUUGUGUAUAAUUUCAGUUUUAAGGGUAAGAGUAGUACCAUUGAUACUGUCUAUCAACAUCUUUGUAUAGUUUUGUUCAA